UGUUCCAUCAUGAUUGUCUAUAUGAAGAAGUUUUUAUUUUGCAUCCCCCUGCGGGUGGGCAACAUUUUCAUUGGUUACUUUUGCCUCGUGCGCGGCUUUUGCAAUGUUUAUUUGGUAAUUUAUCUGUUCCCAAUGCUCUGUAAGCGCAUGGUCUGGGUAUGGUUUCUGCAAUCGCAGGUUAAUUGCAUUGCUGGCGUUCUGCUGCUCGCUGUCACCUUCCAGCCUCAUCUGCUGAACUAUAUGCUGCCCAUACAAAUCGUUGUUAAAUUAUCAAGUACAAUUAUCGAAUUGUCAUUCUACCUAUUGAUGAGUAGUUCUGGUCUGUCAUCUCCACUGUUAGUCGGAUACUCUGCGGCCUCAAUUAUAAUUAAUCUAUAUUUUGUGAUUGUUAUUUUCUCCUUCUAUCACGAGACGGAUCGUAAAUAAGACUGUGAAGCUAUACCGCUCUGCUGACUGUCAGGGUUUUCUCUUAUCACGACUAGCAGAGAAAGAAGAAGAAAAAACGGUAGUUCAUGCGGUCAACGUCAGCGCAGACAUAAUCACAGCGUGUAGCAUUUUGUGCCAUGAUUAAACGCAAAUUUAUUAGGCAAAUGUUGCGCAAUUGCUGGAAACUCUAAAAACUUCAAGUCGCGAGCAUAAAUCGUGCGGGGCCAAUUGUCACCAGGCUCCGAUGCGGACUACCAAACUGCAAACUGCAGCUAGAGGCUUCAACUUGCGGCGACUAUUGGCUUAAUUAUCGUCGCACCGUUGCGCUACAUGCGUGCUAAUUGAGUGCGGCCAGCCAACUGACCAACUGACCAACUGAGUUGGAGUUGGAGCUGGAGCUGGAGCUGGAGCUGGACAUGGCGUCGAUGUCCACGUCCUGCUAUGAUAACAACAACGCGACGACAAACGCACGCUGUGCCCCAAAAUGAAAAUUAUGUUGCAAUCCUCUCUCGAUGCCCAAUGCUCAAGUGUCUGGUGGCCAGAGCCCCACACACACACACUGCUGCGCUGGCUCACUGGCUCACUGGCUCACUGAUCGGUGGGGGCCUUAAUUAAUUUCGUUGAUUAAUUGAAAGUGCGCCUUGACUUGGUUGCUUUAUUUUUAUUUAUUUAUAUUUUUUCUCUUUUUUUUUUUUCCUGCUUGCAGCCUCUUAUCUGCCUGGGCUGUUGGCAGUGCAAAGUUGAAGGCAAGUAUGAAAAAUGUUGCAACAAAAAAACUGAAACCAAAACAGACAUAUUCGGGCUUGUUGCUGGUCUGUUUCGGUAGUAUGUUGAGGGCGUUGCCGUGGCUGCAGCCCUUUGGCCCAUUACUCUUAGCCCGGCCGAAUCGAUUAUGGCAAAAAUUAUGUCUGACCGCAGGGUAAGGGCCGCAGCAGCAACUUUAGUUACAAUCACAAUUACAAUUCGAUAAUGUUCAAUAAAUUUGCUGUUGGCUUUAAGCUUUACUUACAGUUA